CUUUCUUGAAAGAAACGCGUGUGAUCCUCGCCGCGCGCUGUGCCUUAGGUCCCUCUGUCUCACCUUGGAGUUCUAUCUUGUGUUACAGUGCUUCUCUCCGCCGAGCUGGAGAGCCUGAGAUGUCUCUCUGCGUACUCGUUAGACACUUUGUCCUUCUCAUUCCUCUCCUUUCGUUGUUCCUUUUCUUCUGCAUCUCUUUCAGGUUUUUUUUCAGGUUGAGGAGCCCAUACUUCCGUCGGCUUUCGUCUCCUCUGCGUUCCCGUCGUCCUUUCUCGUUCUCUAUCUUUGUUUCGCUCCUUUUUUAUCCCCUGUUUCCUCUUCUUUCUUUCUUUCUUUCUUUAUUUCUUCGUAUAUGUCUCUGUCUUCUUUUCCCACUCUCCUCUCCGCUCUGCCAGUCCUCAUUCUUUCUUCUCUCUUCCUCGUUUCUUCCCUUCCGUUUAUCUCGCCGUUUUCUUUCAAAGGCUCUGUUCCGACGGUCCUCUCUUCGUCUUGUCAACCUUUGUCUGUUUUCUUCUCCACAACAAAAGUGGAGUUUCUCUCUCUCUCGUCAUGUCUACUGCUGUCUCGAAACAUUCGUACCAGAACGCACGAAAGUCGAAACGUUGCAUGCACAUGCGCAUGGCACUUCCGGCGUUUUCUCUCUGACUCGAAGCCCAUCGCAGUUUACCUAGCCAGCGCAGUCUGGGUGUCUCGGAGCAGUUCUUUGCCCGUUCUUCUGUUCUCUCUUUUCUGUCUUCGUCGUUGUCUGUGCAUUUUCUUCUCUCUGUCCACUGAGCCUGCGCCUCUCUGAAGAAUUUUGUGAAAACAGUCGAUUUUCAGCAACUUUUUGCUUUUUCUGUACAAUUUAUUAGUCGGUGAAUGGCCGAAACAUGCUUCGUAGAAUCCGUUUUGUUUCAGUGGUUAAAAAAUAGACGACGUCGACCAGAGAUUCUCGAAGUUUUCAUCCAAAAGCAUUCCACCUACCUGUCACCAAAAUGACGGAGCGCUGGGUGUCGCAGAAGAAGCACUACUGCGAGGUCUGCAAGACCUGGCUCAGUGGUCACACGAUGAACGUAAAGCGACAUGAGAUGUCUGAAAGGCACAUCAUGAACGUCCGACAGAUGUUCAAAGAGAUGAAACAUCGCGAAAAAGAAAGAGAGGCAAACGUACGGCUGGAGCAGGAGGAGAUCGCCCGUGUCGAGGCUGCUGCUGCUGCGGCGAUGCUCAGAGAAGACGGCCUCGGACGUCCGUCGUCCUCUUCCGCGGCGGGUUCUUCGGACGGGCACUGCCCUCCCGCCGUCGCUCACAGCGGCUGUUGGUCCAUGUUUGUGGACUCUUCUUCCGGACUCCCCUACUUCUUCAACUCGGAAACGCAAGAGUCUUCCUGGACGCCGCCGCCAGGCUUCCCGCUGCCGCCGCUUCCGGCCGGCCUCCUGCCUCCGGCGGGUGGACAUGCACCUGCGCAGGCGGCGGGUGGACAUGCACCUGCGCAGGCGGCGGGUGCCGGCGUGAGGCCCAAGCUGAAGAUUGUUUCGGUCAAGAAGGCGACGAAGAGCGAACAAGGGGAGGCUGUGCGUCAGACCAGUCCUCAGAGCGCUCCUCACGCGACGACAAAAAGCGAGGCUUCUGCUGCUGCCUCCUCCAGUGUCCAUCCACUGCUACCAAAGAUCAAAGGCGAGCCCACAGACGCCGGAAAGUCUUCUGCCUCUUCUUCUUCCUUUGCUUCGCCGGGGUCUGGUCCUGGUGGAAUGAAGGAGGAGAAGUCGAGUCUGUGUACAGAAUCAAGUCAGAGGUCGGAAAACUCCUCUCCUGUCCCGAGGUCUGGAGUGUUUCCUGCUCCGCCAGCAUCCGCCGCUUCUUCGUCCGUCUCUCCCUCCGCUUCUGCCGCAGGAGACGCGGCCGCUAGAGCCGUCAGCUUUCUUCCCUCGUCCGUCUUCGCCGGCAAACGCGCCGGUUUCGUCUUUCAGCUGGGCAGCCAUGGCCUGGGGUACUACGCGGACUCGCCUGAGGAGUCGAGACGCCGGAGGCCUCCGGAACAAGGCGCGAACGCCGACGCGGCGCCACACGCCCCAGGCGAUGUAUGGAGUCUGACAGAGAAACCAGAGAAACCAGAGAAGCCAGAGAAGUCAGAGAAGGCAGCGGGAGGAGAGAGAAGGCGGGAGUUUUCUCGCGGCGACCGCGGACGCAGAAGCGGAGGGUGGUUGCGAGGGCAGAGGCCCGGAGCGAGUGAGGAGAGGAGAAACCCGGCCAUGAAGGCGACGCCCGAGGGAGAAGAAGGCGGAGAGGAGACGGAGGCGAAGAAGGAAGGAGGUCGAACAGCACAGAGUGGAGAAGAAGCGCCGGAGGAAACUCUUCAGAGCGAUUUGUCGAGAGAAAGCAAAGCGGCGAUAGGUCCCAACAUCGGAGAGUGGGAAGAAGUCAAACCUGGAGAUUACAGCGCCUUUGGAAGCUGCACGCACGAGGAAGAAGAAGCUCCACAAGAUGAAGGAGAAGAAGAGCCGUUCACGGAGGCUGAAUAUCUCAGAGAUCUGCGCUGGGACGUCGCUUGCCAGGGUCCUCUCCAUCGAGACGACCUCGAACCGCAGGAGAAACCUGUGUACCAUCCUCGAACUGAUGAGGAAUCGAAUUCGGAGUCCGCGACGCAGGUGGCGUUCAAAAAAGCGAGGAAAAUGAAAGUCGAAGGUCUCAGGAAACUGACAGCAGACUGAAAGCGGGGAAGUUUUCCGCGACAAAACUGUGUUUCUCUCUCGACAAGGCCGCGUUUUGUGGGUUCGGGGUAAACAUCGGGGGCCAGCACUAAAACAGUACACUCUAUACGCCGACAGGGAAGUACUUUCUUGGCGUCGACGUGCAGACGCAUGCGAACUCGUUUCCACUUUUCAAUCUUUCUUCUGCAUCGCGGCGCCUGCUCAGGUGUAUUUGUCGCGUUUAUUCGGCAGAGGGCAACACUGUUGGUCUGCGCAUGCGACUGAGUUUCUGCUUUUUCACUUCCCGUCCACGCUUCCUGCACAUGAAGCAGCUACGCACUGGCCAAGUUGUCAGCUGGAUAUCUCAGUCACCCGGUUCCUAGAGGCAUACGUUUCUGUCGCACAGCAACUGCGACCGCCAAAAGAAACAUCUGGAAGCAAAUGGUCUGUCAACAGGUCGAGUCUCAGCGGCAGCAGCAGCCGCGUCUUUCCGCUGGUCCCUGGGCUCUUUGUUUUUGCCCUGACAGCCUCAAGAGAAGUGCAAGAGCGGAACGUUCACAGUUCGUCUCCCAGAGGAAUUUCAGUUCCUCGGAGUCACAGGAAUGGUGACAGAACAUGACGCACAUCAGACAGACCCCCAGGUACACUGCGUUUUCUGUCGCAUUCUCUCCCAAAAGCUUUGUCACGGAGAGCCUGGAUGUAUCCCUCGAGGACACUGAAUCCCGCCCAUGUACCGUUCUCUGGGACGGAAUCAGGACUCCGCUGUACAAAGAGAGACAGACGACAAACCAAGGU